AGCGGGCUUUCUGGCGCGGAGCGGUAGCGGGCGCAGCUAGCGGGUCGGCCGUGGAGCGGAGGUGCAGCUCGGCUUCCCCUGACAUCCCUCCCCUUCGGGCGCCAGCGCCACCCCUCUGCUGGCCGGGCCGACCCCGCCAUACUAUCCCCUGCGGCGCGAGCCCGGGGUGGCUCCGGGCGCCCGCCAGCAGACCCCCAUCAUGGGUAGCCAGAGCUCCAAGGCUCCCCGGGGCUACGUGACCGCCGAGGAGGCAGCAGGCGCUUCCCCUGCGAAGGCCAACUGCCAGGAGAAUGGCCACGUGAAAAGCAAUGGAGACUUAUCCCCCAAGGGUGAAGGGGAGUCGCCCCCCGUGAACGGAACAGAUGAGGCAGCAGGGGCCACUGGCGAUACCAUCGAGCCAGCACCUCCUAGCCAGGGUGCUGAGGCCAAGGGGGAGGUCCCUCCCAAGGAGACCCCCAAGAAGAAGAAGAAAUUCUCUUUCAAGAAGCCUUUCAAAUUGAGCGGCCUGUCCUUCAAGAGAAAUCGGAAGGAGGGUGGGGGUGAUUCUUCUGCCUCCUCACCCACAGAGGAAGAGCAGGAGCAGGGGGAGAUCGGUGCCUGCAGCGACGAGGGCGAGGGCACUGCCCAGGAAGGGAAGGAUGCUGCCACCCCUGAGAGCCAGGAGCCCCAGGCCAAGGGGACAGAGGCUAGUGCGGCCUCAGAAGAAGAGGCAGGGCCCCAGGCUACAGAGCCAUCCACUCCCUCAGGGCCGGAGAGUGGCCCUACACCAGCCAGUGCUGAGCAGAAUGAGUAGCUAGGUGGGGGCAGGUGGGUGAUCUCUAAGCUGCAAAAACUGUGCUGUCCUUGUGAGGUCACUGCCGGGACCUGGUGCCCUGGCUGCCUUCCUGUGCCCAGAAACGAAGGGGCUAUUGCCUCCUCCCAGCCACGUUCCCUUUCCUCCUCUCCCUCCUGUGGAUUCUCCCAUCAGCCAUCUGGUUCUCCUCUUAAGGCCAGUUGAAGAUGGUCCCUUACAGCUUCCCAAGUUAGGUUAGUGAUGUGAAAUGCUCCUGUCCCUGGCCCUACCUCCUUCCCUGUCCCCACCCCUGCAUAAGGCAAUUGUUGGUUUUCUUCCUCAAUUCUUUUUCCAAGUAUGUUUUGUUUA